UGAGGAUCCCCGCGUGGCUCCAAGGAAGUCCAGUUGAGAAUCUAUAAGUUUUCUGAACGCGCACCCCAUACACGAUCCGCUUUCACCCUUGUGCCGCCUGAGUAUUUGAUGAUAUUUAGGCGCAGAAAGUGCCUGGAAUUCAAAGUCGGGAUCGGUAUCGACGAGCACCUGUGGUAACGUCACGAUUCGCGUCCGUGCGUCCACUUGAUUAUAUUUCGCGCCUAAAUACGUUACUCUAACAGUAGGCAUACUUGUUGCAGAUUAAUGUCAGGCAUCGCAAUUGCCAGGCUCGCCGAAGAGCGAAAAGCAUGGAGGAAAGAUCAUCCUUUCGGGUUUGUAGCACGACCAAUUAAAAAUCAAGAUGGAACUCUUAAUUUGAUGAGUUGGGAAUGUGCAAUACCCGGAAAGAAAUCUACACCAUGGGAAGGUGGAUUGUACAAGUUGAGAAUGAUCUUCAAAGAUGAUUAUCCAUCCAGUCCUCCAAAAUGUAAAUUCGAACCUCCCUUAUUUCAUCCGAACGUUUAUCCUUCGGGAACGGUGUGUUUGUCACUCUUAGACGAAGAGAAAGAUUGGAGGCCUGCUAUUACUAUCAAACAGAUCUUGCUCGGUAUACAGGAUUUACUGAACGAACCUAAUGUAAAAGACCCAGCUCAAGCAGAGGCAUAUACAAUAUACUGUCAAAAUCGUUUGGAAUAUGAGAAACGUGUCAAAGCCCAGGCUAGGGCAAUGGCUCCACAGGAAUAAAUCUAUACUAUGUCUUUCUAAAUUCUAAUAUUCCAACUAUAUAAAGUGGUUAUUUUAUA